GUCAUGUUAUUAAUGUGUUUUCUUUUUAAUAGUAGUAGAUUCCAUGUGAAUUUCAAACCCAAGAUGGGUCAGAAGAGGAGCUCAAGUGGACGGUCUUUCCCGUUGCUGCUGCUGAUAAUUGUUGUGGCCUUUGUUCAUUUAACUGUCUGUCCUUUUACAAAAGUGGAGGAAAGCUUUAAUCUACAAGCUAUCCAUGAUGUGGUGUACCACCAACUGGACUUGGAUAAGUAUGACCAUCAUGAAUUUCCUGGAGCUGUCCCAAGAACGUUCCUUGGACCAAUUUUUAUUGCUGCUCUUUCCAGCCCAGCUAUAUAUGUACUUUCUGUGCUAAGAAUGUCCAAGUUUUACUCUCAGCUGAUAGUCCGAGGAAGCUUGGGGCUCAGUGUGAUUUACACAUUAUGGAAGUUGCAGAAAGAAGUUAGAAAGCAGUUUGGAGCAACUACAUCAACAAUCUUCUGCCUCAUUACUGUUACUCAGUUUCAUUUGAUGUUCUAUUGUACACGAACCCUGCCUAAUGUGUUUGCACUUCCUUUUGUGCUCCUGGCAUUGACGUUUUGGAUACAGCAAAAGCAAAGGCCAUUCAUUUGGUUCUCAGCUUUGGCAAUUAUAGUCUUCAGAUCAGAGCUCUGCAUAUUCUUAGGCCUCAUGCUCCUGGUGACAUUAUUAACUAAAAGAAUCUCCAUUCUCAAGGUGCUUUCCCAUGCUGUUCCUGCUGGAAUUUUUUGUUUAGGGCUAACGGUUGCUGUGGAUUCUCUAUUUUGGAGGCAACUUGUGUGGCCUGAGGGGGAAGUGCUUUGGUAUAACACAGUUCUAAACAAAAGUUCCAACUGGGGAACCUCCCCCUUCUUGUGGUAUUUCUAUUCAGCCUUGCCUCGUGCUUUGGGAUGCAGCAUCAUAUUUGUACCUUUAGGUGUAACAGAAAAGAGAACUCGGAUAUUACUUUUGCCAGCACUGGGCUUUAUUUUCUUGUAUUCAUUCCUCCCACACAAAGAGCUGCGUUUUAUCAUAUAUACUUUCCCUGUCUUCAACAUAGUGGCUGCUAAGAUGUGCUCGCGAAUUCUGAAUAACUACCGGAAAUCCUGGCUGUACAGACUUGGAUCCUUUUUUGUUAUAAUGCAUCUUGUAGUUAAUGCUGCUUAUUCAGGAACAUCGUUGUAUGUUUCACAUUUCAAUUAUCCUGGAGGAGUGGCAAUUCAGAAGUUGCAUGAGUUGGUACCUUCAACAGCAGAUGUCUCUGUUCAUAUUGAUGUGGCUGCAGCGCAAACAGGAGUUUCUCGGUUUCUAGAAAUUAAUUCAGAUUGGAGGUAUGACAAAAGAGAAGAUGUUAAACCAGGAGACCAAUUGAUGUUUUCUUACACACACAUCCUGAUGGAAACAAACCCUCUUCAAAUAUCACAUUACAAGACAACCCACAGGCCACUGGCAAAUAUACCUGGCAUCAGUAAAAUUGGGUUGAACCUUACUGCGCUACCUCCUUUUACUUUAAACUUGAAACCAAAAUUAGUACUGUUGGAAAGACUUCCUCUAUCAUCUUGACUGUGAAUUUUAAGUAAGUCUUUUGAUGUAAUUUUGCUGAUGACUGAAUAAUCUGAGGCAGAAGCAAAUUGUCAUUCCAACACUGCAAUUCAGCUUCUGUGGAAAGGCACGGAAAACCUUUGUACUGAUAUUUAUGUACGGUAUUUAGCUCAGUCCUGUUUCUUACAUAAAUAUUGCAUUGCAUUCCUAGUCAGUAUAUACUCAAAUACUGAGUUGUAUUGUUAGCUGUGUUUGAGAGGGACUACCUACAAGUUCAGUGGUAUUAAGUAAAACCUGUUGACUUGGUUUGGGUAGCUGUUUCAUAAUGUAGCACAGGUAUGUCCUAAUUGUCCUAUAUAAGAUACAUAAUGGAACAGGUUUGUGCUACAGCAAUAAUUUGAUAUGUAAUCUAUGUGUGCAAAGAUGUAUUACUUGAUGUAUCUGUAGGAUUGUAACCCCAUCAAUUGUCAGAUUGCCUGUGUGAAACUUUAUGAUAUUAUCAGCGUAGGAAAGCCAUAUUCAUUGUAGCUUCAUCGGAAGACCUAAUUGUACCCUUGAGGCUACCAAACUAAUUAAAGUGAAAGAUUCACUUAAGAAGCCAUUGGACCUCUUGACAAGCACUGUCUUAUAACAGAUUUGAGUAUUAAAGGAUGGCUAUUCCAACAGUUCAUGAAUAAGCAGCACCUUGGAUUUCACAGGAAA